AUGGAGAGGAAGAGCCUGGUGGCGUGGAACACGAUGAUCGCGGCGUGUGCGCAGAGAGGUCUAGCGGCAGAGGCCCAGGAGCUGUUCAAGGCCAUGGAUGUGGAGCCGGAUGGAUUCACUUUCGCGAGCUUGCUGGCGGUGUGCUGCGAUCUAGACCUCGGGCGGCGCCUCCACGCCGGGAUUGCCACGGCGCGCCUCGCUUCGCGCUUGAUCGUGGACACGGCGCUGGUGGGCAUGUAUUCGCGGUGUGGGAGCUUGGGCGAUGCUGCGGCUGUGUUUGAGGGAAUGGAGGAUCGCGACACAGUCGCGUGGAAUGCCAUGAUCGCGGCAUUUGCCGAGGCGAGAGAUCUAGAUCGGGCUAUGGAGUGCUACCAGAGAAUGCUGGAUCGAUCCACUUGUGAGCCCAAUGGGAUCACGUAUGCCACCCUUCUCGCUGCUUGCCGCGAUCGAGGUGAUCUUGGCCAUGGCCGGCGCCUUUUCAAGGAUGCCCAGGAUCGAGGGCUCUAUCCCGAUCGAUUCGUGCAAAGCGCGGCGGUGGCGAUGCUCGCGCGGUGUGGCGCGAUCUGCGAGGCCAGGAAAUUGCUGCGGGAGGGCAAGAUCAGGGACGUGGAGGCCUGGAACGCGAUGAUCUCGGCUUAUGCCCAGAUGGGUCAUUUGCGCGAGGCUCUGGGAAUCUACCGGGAGAUGGAACACGACGGCUCCAGCAGCCCCGAUCUCUUCACCUUUGCAAGCGCUCUAGCUGCUGCAGCUGGGCUUGGAGAUCUGGACACCGGGAAGGCCAUCCACGAGAGAAUGGCGGCCGAAAGAUCGCUCAAGCUCGAUGUCUUCGCCGCAAACGCGCUGCUCACCAUGUUCUCCAAGUGUGGCAGCUUGGGCGAUGCCAAGCUCGUGUUUGAUCGCAUCCCGGACAAGGACGCAGUGUCCUGGAACUCGAUGAUCUCGGCCUACGCCCACCACGGCCGCUACAAAGACGCCAUCGCCACGUACCGCGCCAUGGACUGUCGCCCGGACGAGGCCACCAUCGUGAGCGCCCUCGCGGCAGCGUCGGCUCUCGCGGAUCUAGACGAAGGAGCUGCCAUCCACGCCCGAGCUCUCGAGCUCGGGAUCGCCACUCCUGCGGUGGAGUCCACGCUCGCGAGCAUGCACGCCAAGUGUGGGAGCUUGGACGCGGCCAUGGCGCUCUUCGAGAAGAACCGCGAGAAGGAUCUAGUCUCCUGGAACGCGAUGGUGGCAGCGUACGCGCAGCACGGAGAUGGCUCCGAGGCGCUCGCGCUGAUCCACCGGAUGGAGCUGGAGGGGAUCUCCCCGAAUGGAGUGACGCUGUCCGGGGUGCUGGCGUCGUGCUCCCAUGCCGGGCUGCUCGAGCGGGGGAUGUUCUACGUGGGGUGGCUGAGCCGGGAGCACGGCGUGGCGGUGGAGAGUGAGCACUAUCGGUUUGUAGUGGAGCUGCUCGGGCGGUGUGGGAGGCUGGGCGAGGCCGAGGCGGUGGUCCGCGGUAUGCCGCUGGAGCCCGAGCCCGCGCUGUGGGUGACGCUGGUGGCCGCUUGCGUGCUCCACGAGGAGGUAAGCCGCGCGGACCGUGCCGCUGCGGGGUUGGAUCCUGGCGACGCUGCGUCUUACGUGCUCCUCGCCAAUGUAUACUCGGCUGGGAUUUGA